AGGGAGAAACUCCCCAAGCAGGAGAACGUGUGAGCUAGGACUGAACACUGAAACAGGUGGAGAGAUUGCUUGGAGUGGAGGACAGCUGGCCGAUUAGAUCAGACCCCCACCCGUGACGUCUGCCUGAGAGCCAAUGGGGGCCCAGAGGCCGCGGCCACAAUCUCAUGCACCUGGGCCCUCCCCAAGGGGCUGGUUCUUCAGGUGUGAAGGGGAGGAGAGAGAAAGAGGAAAGCGAGAGGGGCCCAGCUUCAGCCCCUCUCAUUCUCCUGCAGAGCCCAGCAUGUGAGGCUUACCUGUCCCUGUCCCUGCUGGCUGGGCUAUCUUGGGGUCUGGACCUCGUGAGUGUCAGAGGCAGGAGGGACUCCGGAGUCUAAGGAAGGAGGGCCUAGAGGUCUGACCCUGGGUCUGAGGGAGGAGGGGCUGAGGGACUGGACUCCUGGGUCCUGGGAAGAAGGAAGAGGCCAUGACUCCAAAUCCCUAAAUACCAAGCCAGGAGGAGGUCAGAAGCUGAAGAUGGCUGUUGGGAGAGAGAAGGAAAAGGGUCAGGCGGCAGGAGCAGUCUUUGUCUGGCUGGGGGAAUUUUCGGAUGGAGAUGUCAUCGCUGAAAGCUCCCUUCCCACCCAUGCUCAGCCUGCCUGGGGAACUCCAGCAGUGAAAAGGAGAAGGGUGAGAGGCAGGAGAGUGGAGGGGAGGAGGCAGGGUUGUCAGUGCUCCAUAUCUCCCAGCCCAAAAACAGAAGCUGCACCCAGAGAGCAGGCGGACCUGAGGCCCUCACUCUUGGGUACCCGAGUAGAGCCCGGCAUGUGGGGCUACCUGUCGCUGAUGCCUGUCUUCCUAGCUGUCUGGGCUAUCUCUGGCGUCUGGAUCGUUUUUGCCAUUGCAGUGACCAACAGGACUGUGGACCUCAGUAAAGGCUUUCCCUACAUCAGCAUCUGCGGAUCCUUCCCCCCUCAGAGCUGCAUCUUCAGCCAGGUGCUCAAUAUGGGAGCCGCUCUGGCCGCGUGGAUCUGCAUUGUCCGUUACCACCAGCUCCGGGACUGGGGCGUCGGAAGGUGGCCUAACCAGCUGAUCCUAUGGACGGGUCUUCUCUGUGCCCUGGGCACCUCCGUGGUAGGCAAUUUCCAGGAAAAGAACCAGCGGCCUACGCACUUGGCAGGGGCUUUCCUUGCCUUCAUCUUGGGUAACGUCUACUUCUGGCUGCAGCUCCUCCUGUGGAGGCUGAAGAGGCUGCCCCAGCCCGGGGCUGCCUGGAUUGGGCCCCUCCGCCUGGGCCUCUGCAGCGUCUGCACCAUCCUCAUUGUGGCCAGUAUCCUUCUUGUAUCCGGGGUAGGGCUUGGAGGUGGCUCUUCACUGGAGUUGGUCUUCCUGCCUGGCUGUCUGUCACUGGGGACGUCUUUUCCUUUCUCUGGGCCUCACUCUUUGCACAGGAUUAUGGCUUUGUCGUCGAGAAUGCCGACUUCGGGGUCAGGUUGCCCAGGUUGGAAGCCCCUGUCCUCCACACAGCAGCUGGGGGAAGCUUCCGCGGGCUGUUACUUCUCGGUGUCAAUGGUUUCGUCAUCCCUCAAAUGUGGAUAACGACAGGGCUGACCUCAGGGUUGUGGAGUGGAUAGGAUAAUAGGCAUACGGUGCUUAGAUCUGUGCCUGGCACAUAGCGAGUGACCAAUAGACGCUGGAAGAAUGAUAUACUAAGAACAGUCCCUUGAGGGCACCUGCUCUGUGCCAGGAAUCAUGGUGGUGGUUACGAGUGAAGACGGGUUCAGACAGGAAAAGUCUUUCGGCCAGGAUGCGUGUGAGGUUCUGCAGUGGAGCUGGUGAUAGGCUGCAGGUGGCUUGCGCAGGCUCUGAGAGGCAUUCUGUGAACUGCUCGUCCGAACUCCAUGUCCUGUGAUAUCAUGUGAGUAGCUUGAAAUAGCCAUCAUGGGAGUAUUUAUACCACUGUAAUUGGCAGAUGCCACCAACCAGAGCCAGUUGUUAAACAUUUACUAGCACACCACGUGACGCUGGACUCAAUUCCAACUUAUUUCUGAGCCAUCCCCAGAACCCAGGCACUUUCCACCAGCACAGCGUACUUCUAGAUGGGUCAGGUCACUCUCUGAGGCUUCAGUUUCCAUAUCCAUAAAAUGGAUUUGCUUUUAUCAUCAUGAUUAUUUUUAUUUAUUUAUUUUUGAGACAGAGUCUUGCUCUGUUGCCCAGGCUGGAGUGCAGUGGCGCGAUCUCGGCUCACUGCAAGCUCCGCCUCCCGGGUUCACGCCACUCUCCUGCCUCAGCCUCCCGAGUAGCUGGGACUACAGGCACCAGCCACCAUGCCCAACUAAUUUUUUGUAUUUUUAGUAGGGACAGGGUUUCACCAUGUUAGCCAGGAUGGUCUCGAUCUCUUGACCUUGUGAUGCGCCCACUUUGGCCUCCCAAAGUGCUGGGAUUACAGGCGUGAGCCACCGUGCCUGGCCUUUUGUAUUUUUAGUAGAGACGGGGUUUCAUCAUAUUGGCCAGGCUGGUCUCGAACUCCUGACCUCAUGAUCCACCUGCCUUGGCCUCCCAAAGUUCUGGGAUUACAGGCAUGAGCCACCACACCCGACCUAUUAUUAUUAUUAUUUUGUUAUUAUUAUUUUUUGAGAUGGAGUCUCACUCUGUCACCCAGGCUGUAGUGCAGUGGCAUGAUCUUGGCUCACUGCAACCCCCACCUCCCAGUUUCAAGCAAUUCUUGUGCCUCAGCCUCCCAAGUAGCUGGGACUACAGGCAUGCACCACCACACCUGGCUAAUUUUUGUGUUUUUAGUAGAGAUGGGGUUUCACCAUGCUGGGCAGGCUGGUCUCGAACUCCUGACCUCAGGUGAUCUGCCCGCCUCGGCCUCCCAAAAUGCUGGGAUUACAGGUGUGGGCCACUGUGCCCAGCCUACAGUGAUUAAUUCUGAUAGGUAGAGUGUAGAGUGAGAGAAAGGAGGGGCUGAAAACCCAGCCUUGGGGGGUCUUUCUCAUUUGUGGGGAGGCCCAGAGUGUGCAGGCAUUCAGAAGAGAGUACAGAGAAACCAGCUAAGGCCCUGUGUUGGUUGUAUUAAGUGCAUCCGUUUCUUGGAAAUUUUCUCAGCAAAAUGGAAAUAGUGAUUGUAUUUCCUGGAGUGACAAAGUGUAUCUUCACAAAAUAGUUGAGAGGGCUGGCCCCUCAGCCCGGCCUAUAGUGACUUGGGGUAUGAGACCAUCAGGUCUCCUUUGCAGGGGCCCUGAUGGUGAUCAGAUCCAGCCCCAGAUCUUCUGAACUAGCCCUGAUGAUCAGUUUAGCCACAGGGGCCUUCAUUCUGUGGGACUCAGUAGUCUCUUGGGUGGGGUAGGUGGGGGAGGGAACCAUAAAGACAGCUAGCUGAGUGUCAUUAAGGGAUGGACGUCUGUAAAGACGGGCUUGAGCCUGGCCGGAUUCUGAGCCUGGCCUUGCAGAAGGAGCUGCUCGUGGGCUGGGAGGUUGAGGGCACACUGCAGGUACACACACCGAGCAGAAAGACCAGCCGAGGGAGGAGUGAGGCUGCUGGCAGGGCCAGGGCUGAGGAUUCUCUAAAAUAAGGGAUCAGAGGCUUGGGUUUCUGCCUGGGGGUGAUAGAGAGCCAUAGGAAGUUUACGGUCAGGCAUUGUGGCUCACGCCCAUAAUCCCAGCGCUUUGGGAGACUGAGGAGGGCGGAUGACAUGAGAUCAGGAGUUCAAGACCUGUCUGGCCAACACGGUGAAACUCUAUCUCUACUAAAAAUACAAAAAUUAGCCAGGUGUGGUGGCACACGCCUGUAGUCCCAGCUGCUCAGGAGGCUGAGGCACAAGAAUCGCUUGAACCUGGGAGGCAGAGGUUGCAGUGAGCCGAGAUCACGCCACUGCAUUCCAGCCUGGGACACAGUGAGACUCUGUUUAAAAAAAAAAAGACCAGGUCUCGCUCUGUUGCCCAGACUGGUAUCGAACUCCUAGCCUCAGGCAAUCCUCCCACCUUGGCCUCCCAAAGUGCUGGGAUUGUAGGCGUGAGCCACCACUUCUCAGCCCCCUUAGAAAUCCCUGAAUGAAUGGAAUAAGCUGUCUGGGAGGGGUGAGGUGGUAAGCAGCUCCAGUGAGAGAAGUUCCAGAAAACAAGAGCUGUCUCUACUAGGCUGGAGCCUGGAGUCUGCAGGGGCUGGCAGAGCAGAAAAAGGUCUUAAGGAGCUAGUGGGGUGCGAGAACCAGAGGAGGGACGGGACAGACCAGGAGAGAAAGGCACAAGACAUGAGGAGAGGGCUGGAGAGAGAUGGGUAAGGCAGAUAGGACAAGACUUGGGGUGACCAGCUGUCCAAGAAGGAUGAAGAGAGGGCCGGGGGAGUGUCUGCUGGGGCACAUGAGUGGAUGGUGGAGUUGUCGUGGAGGAGGGGACACUCAGAGAAACAGAUUUUACAGGGAAGAGAUUAGGCUCUGGGAGUGAGCAGGAAGGGCCUGUAGGCCAUGGGUAGCGGGGUGGAUGUUCAGGAGAAAGUUGCAAAACACAGUCCGAGGCUGGCGGCAGGGAGGGAGGCGUAUUUAGGAAACCAUGCAUGUUUACAGGCAGGAGCAAUGGCAGCUGGAUGUCCUGGACAAGUAGGGAGGCAACCAGGCCCUUCCCUGGGUCAGGGAAGGGAGACGGAAACAUUUCGGGAUAUUAGGAAUGCAACAGUAACGGGGGUGCACGCAAAGGAAAGCAUGUGCAAGCAGCUUGAGAUGGAGACCGGCUGGAGAGCAUCGGAGACCAAGGCGAGGCCCCGUCUGUGAGGAGCUACGGGGGAAGGGGAGAGCUGAGGAUGGGGACACCCAGAGACGGCCUCCGCCCAGCGCGAGGCGGCACAGAGACCAGGCCGGGCUCCGCGUCUGUCACGGUAGCAGUGUGGCCCUUGACCCUGGGGCAGUGAUCGUCCUCCACGCCUGCUCGCUGCGUAGCGUCUCUGCGGCCUGCGAGUGGGUCGUGGCCAUGCUGCUGUUCGCGCUCUUCGGUCUCUUCGCCGUUGACUUCUCCGCCCUGGAGAGCUGCACC